AUGGCCAGGACCUCGCGGUCGCUGGAGCUGGUGGUAGGCGCGGUGGUGCUGGGAGCACGCUGGAGAAGAAGUGGAGACGCGGCCACGGCCCAACGGAGCGCGUACGGCGGGCAUGCGCGGAGGCAGGGACGGGGCACGGCCAUGGCGGGCGGUGGCUCGCGGCGGCGGUCAGCGCCCGAGGAAGGAGGAUGGGGCGCGUGCAUGGCCGGCGCAGCGACGGCGUCUCGCCAGAUCUCGCGCACAGUCAUCAGUGAGGAAAUGUCAGAGUAUAAUCUUGAUGAACCUACUAUGGAGGAAAAACUAGCAACCCUGAAUCUGAUCAAUAGAGAGAAUGGAAUGAGUGAUACUGAAAAGCAAUCGCUCUCUAUGGCACCACCAAGUGCAGAUUCAGUCCAUAUCUUGCUGAAGCAAGCUCUUCGUGCUGAUGAUAACGUAGCAUUGUUAACUUGCUUGUAUAAUAGAGAUGAGAAGGUUAUCACAAAGUCUAUAUCACUCCUAACACCAGCAGAUGUUGUGAAGCUUCUGAAGUUCUUUGUGUUGCAAAUACAAUCUAGGGGCGCAGUGUUGGUUUGUUUACUCCCAUGGCUGCAAACUUUACUAAAUCGACACAUGAGCAGCAUAGUGUCUCAGGAGUUUUCUCUGUCAUUGCUCAACUCGCUCUACCAGCUUAUUGAUGCAAGAACAUCAACAUUCAAGUCGGCAUUGCAACUCUCCACCACUCUAGAUUACCUUUUCAACGAGAUUGCUGAUGAUGAAGCUGAUGAGGAGGUGCCACCACCGAUAAUUUAUGAAGACAAGGACACUGAUGAUGAAGAGUCUGAAGUUGAUGCUAUGGAAACCGACAGAGAAGAGGCUGAAGAGCUAGGUGAUGUUACUGAUGCCUCUGAAAAUUCAGAUGGAAGUGAGAUCAUGAGCGACUGA